CCAAAAACAUCCAUAUACUCUUCUUGUAAGUCAAAACCCUUUAAUUUCUUCUCUGCAAAUAUCCCUUUUAACUUCUUUUACUCAUUUAUCUCAUCAACCCCUAGCUAUUUCUAUAUAUUCUUGAGAUUAGAGCUUUGUGUAAGACAGAAAAUGGGAAGCAAGUUUUUUAUCAAUGAUAAUCAAGAUUUGCUGAUAGAGAUAUUGAAGAGGCUCGACGGUCGUUCCUUAGGAGUUGCUGCAUGUGUAUGUAAACAAUGGUGCGCCAUCACUCGAGACGAUUCCCUGUGGGAGCACCUCUGCUUUCGCCACGUGUCGCCGCCGCCGGACGGUGUGAGGACGGUGGUUUUGGCGCUCGGUGGGUACCGGCGGCUGUACAUGGUGUGUGUUAGACCAGUGUUGAAUCGAUUGCGAAAGUGGAAACCAAUAGGAAUGGAGUCAGCUUCUGAUUCGGAGGUUGGGAGGCGAGUUUAUUGGACGCGCCAUGAAGUGGAGUUGUCGUUAUCGUUGUUUUGUGUGGAUUAUUAUGAAAGGGUGUUGUUGGGCGGCGGCGGUGGUGGUGGUGGAGGAGGAAGACACGGCGACGCUGCGUGUACGUCGUCGCUUAUGUUCCUUUGCAACGCCGUCAAUGUUUGAAAUGGUUCAAAUUUGGAGAUGAAUGAAGAUUAUUGAAGCCUAGCCUCAUUAUUAUUCUUUUAUGUUAAUUAUCUUUUCUUCUUCUUCUUGUUUGGUAAUUGUAACUUCUGCCAUAUGGUGAUAUUUAAUAUAAUUACUCCUAAUUAAUAUUGCGU